GCUGUGUAAACACUAUUCCAGGAACAUGAAAAGAUCGGAUGACAGUGAGAGGGAGAAGAGAAGAAAGAGGCGUAGGCUCCUCCAGGAGCUGGGGGACCAGAGGAUCCCCUUCCUCUCGCCCUCUGACCCUGGCUACCAGCAGCUGUGGGACUCCAGCUACUCGGGGCUGGCCCUGCGUCCGUCGCUGGCGCUCCCCGACGGCCUCCACGAGCGCGUGCAGCAGGCCCUGUGCACGCUCCGGCGCCGCGGCUGCCUGCUGAGGGACCUGGUGCGCGUGCGCGACCGCGACGUCUUCACCGCCGUCUCCCGCGCCCUCCUGGGCCAGCCGGGACACACCUACCGCUACCUGGACACGCGUCUCUUCGCCAUCCCCUGGCACGCCGCCGCCACCGCCACCGCCGCCGCCGACGACCAGCAGCAGGCGCGCGACGACACCCUGGCGACGGCCGACAACGGCACCAAGGCCGCCAAGAAGACCGCCAAGGAGGCAGCGGUGGCGGUCAGCACAGAGUCCUGCUGCGACGCCGACCUGCGUUCCGCCUGCCGGGCGCUGUGGGAGCUCAACCGCUUCUUCAAUCAGGACGUGCAGAAGGAGCAGGAUGCCCGCGGCCACAGAAAGGACUGCAGGACGGGCCUGCCGGGCAAGGAGGCGUGCCGGGACCAAGACAAGGGCAAAGGCGCGGGCGCGGGAGCGGGAUCGGCCGACCAGGGGGGAGGGGCCGAGGGCAAGGGCACGUGCGGGAAGAGCGCGGGCGUAAAGGAAGGGAAAGAAGGAGAGGAAAUGGAGAAGAGAGAGCAGGAGGAGGAGGAAGAGGAGGAGGAGGAGGAGGAAGAGGAGGAGGCCAAAGAGGAUGAGGAUGAGUUGAUGAAGGAGGAGGGGGACUUGGACACGGGACAGGGCUGCUCCCACGACAUCAUCACCCCCGCCUCUCCUCCUCCUCCUGCUCCUCCUCCUCUCCUCCCGUGCGCCUCCACCCCCUCCUCCGGCCGUAAGCCCGGCCCGGUGGCCUUCAACAUCACCCUGCUCAACUACAUGGACCCGGCCGCCAUGAGCCAGCUGAAGGAGGAGCCCUACUACGGCAUGGGCAAGAUGGCCGUGGGCUGGCACCACGACGAGAACCUGGUGCCGCUCUCGCCCGUCGCCGUCUACAGCUACAGCUGCGCCAGCGAGAAAGGUGAGUCUGUUGGCGGCGGUGCUGGUGGCGGUGGUGGUGGUGGUGGUGGGGGGAAGAAACAGUCCUGCUGGAGGGUGGGGCUGAAGGUGGCCUGGGACAUCCACACACCGGGCCUCGCCCUGCCCCUGCAGUCAGGAGACUGCUACUACAUGACAGAUGAUCUGAACCGGACGCACCAACACUGUGUUUUGGCCGGAGACACAGCCCGAUUCAGCUCCACACACCGAGUGGCCCAGUGCUCCACAGGCACGUUGGACUACAUCCAGAGGCGUUGCGCGGAGGCCCUGCACAACCUGAAGGUCGACCCCGACACGGGCACCAAGAGCCUGCGCUCGCUCCUCCCCAGCACCCUGGAGCACUGCGAGGAGAUCCACAACGAGGUGGAGUUCGAGUGGCUGAGGCAGUACUGGUUCCAGGGCCGACGCUACGCCCGUUUUUGCAGCUGGUGGAGUCAACCCAUGGAGCAGCUGGAGAAGGACUGGAGACAGAUGGAGGUCAUGACCCAUCUGCUGCUGGGUGUGGUGGAGGACGAGAGCACCGCACAAGAGGGCAGGAGGGAGAUGGCCGACACCCUGCUCAACGCCCUCACUGACCGGCAGCAGCACAGACAGACAUGGAGAGACCGGUGCCAGUCCAGUCUUGCCCAGACCCUGCCCCCCGAGGAGGCCCCUGUUGACCGCCCCUACUGGGACCCCGAUGACCCCGAGAUGCCCCUGCCCUUUGACCUGGCUGACAUCAUCAACCGGGUGGAGUCACUGCUAUGGAGGUGA